UUUUGUAUAUAUAUAAGGUUCGUGUACCUCGAGAAUUAGAAAGCCAACCAAGCCGGAGCAUCAGCAAAAGACACGCACAUCCGUCCUCGAUACUCUGAAGCUUUCUCCAUGGUGACCACCGGAACGACGCCGCCGGCCAAGAUGCGGGCUCUGCAGUACGACACCUGCGGCGAAGGCGCCGCCGGCCUCAAGCAUGUGGAAGUUCCCGUUCCUUCAGCAAAGAAGAAUGAGGUACUGUUGAAACUGCAAGCAGCAACCGUCAAUCCAGUUGACUGGAAGAUACAGAAAGGGGACAUGAGGCCUCUGCUACCUCGUAGAUUGCCUUUUAUCCCAGUGACCGACGUCGCAGGAGAAGUUGUUGAUGUUGGUCCUGGAGUGAAAGAUCUCGCAGCAGGAGAUCAAGUUGUUGCCAUGUUGAACUCUCUUAAUGGAGGUGGACUAGCUGAGUACGUUGUAGCACCCGCAAACAUGACUGUCAAAAGGCCAUCUGCGGUAUCUGCAGCUGAGGGUGCUGGCAUUCCCAUUGCUGCUGGCAGUGCGCUCAAGUCACUGAGAUCCAUUGGUGCCAAGUUUGAUGGCACCAGCAAGCCUUUAAACGUGUUGAUCACCGCCGCCUCGGGUGGCGUUGGCUUGUACGCUGUGCAGCUUGCGAAGCUGGCGAACCUCCACGUCACGGCCACCUGCGGCGCCGGGAACAUGGAUCUUGUGAGGAGCUUGGGCGCAGACGAGGUGAUGGACUACAAGACCCCAGAGGGUGCUAGCCUGCAGAGCCCCUCCGGCAAGAAGUACGAUGGCGUGGUUCACUGCACCGUCGGCGUCAGCUGGUCGACGUUCAGGCCAUUGCUGAGCAGCCGCGGGAGAGUGAUCGACUUAACCCCUAACUUAUCUGCCAUCCUCGCCUCUGGCCUCCACAAGGUCACAUUCGCAAAGAAGCGCGUUGUGCCCCUCUUUCUGCGGCUCAACAAGGCAGACCUGGAGUUCUUGGUCGGGUUGCUGGAGGAGGGCAAGCUGAAGACGGUGAUCGACUCGAGGUUCCCGCUGAGCGAGGCGAGCAAGGCAUGGCAGACCAGCAUCGAUGGCCACCCCACUGGCAAGAUCGUCGUUGAGAUGGAGAGCUGAUCGUCGUCACUGCUGCUAUUACCAACGGACUUCCAUAGACGGUGGAGAGAAAUAGUCAGUAAACAUAUAGACUAGUCAUUUCUGCGUUUGUUUUAUUCUGAUGAUGUUCUUGAUGUUCGUUUUUCUUCAGCUUGUGCUUAAGAGUCUUGAGAGUGUGAGUUGCAAAAAUAUAUCGAUUAGAUGUAAAUCAGUAAAAUGGUACAGUUGUGCUGUCAA